UCUCGUAAUGUAUUUUCUUUCUAGUUCAGUUCGUGUGUUUUACGUGAGCGCCUUUCACUAGUGUGCGUAGAAAAAACACACUAACUUGAUCAUAAAAGAAAGUAAAAGGUUUUAGAUUUCUCACCAUUAAAAAUUUUUCAACUUGUAGUCCACCGGGAGGCUAAAUCCUCUCCUGAGUUUUCGAUCUCUGUUUUUGCGCGAAAAAGAAGAAGAAAGGAAGGAGAGAAGAAGAAGGCUCUGACAAGACCUAUCGUUAUUUAAUAGAUCAAUAGGGAGAUCCUCUUAACACAGUACUGGAAUACUGAGAUCAUCCAAUCAAAGAGCUUUCUUUCGAUAGUGAACAAGCCUUAAUGUCUUUCAUUACGAGAUUGGAAUUGAAUCAAUAUCACUCUUAGGAAGAAGAGGUUUUUCUAUUGCUUUCCUCGCCGCCAGUAGAGUGAGUAGUAGGCUAAUGGUAUUCUCGCUGUUCUCUUGUUGCCAAAUAUGAUUAACUAGUACGUAGGGCUAUUCAAAGCAUCGAGAAAAUCUCUCCCCGCUAAUGUAACGAAGUCUUACUGCUUCUAGUUGACAGAGAGGAAUUCAAAGUAAGACUAAAAGGAUGAAACUCAUGAUAGAACAGCCAGGGAAAAUUCUCGGCAUACCUUCUCAGACGGCUACGCACCUUUCCAUCAUUCCAUUCAGUAAGUCAAUCGAAGGACUCUCUCAAAAGCCGGAGAGAAUGAUUGAAUUGAAGCCCUAUCCCCCUAGAGAAGCAUACGUUCGGUUCAUCGCAUACACCACUUUAGGUAUGCGCACACCAGGGAUCGGUUCCAGUCGAGAGAAGAAUUUUUCUUGUGAGAAAGAGGCAAGGCCACCCGCUCCUUACCUUUAGUUCUUUACCCACAGACGGAAAAAAAGAAAUGUAGCUGGCUGGAUGUUUAGCAAUAGCCCCCUAUAGCACUCUGU